UUUUAUCCGGCCUGCUGUGCUGUGAACUUCACCUGAGACACCACACCCUUGUCCUGCCCCUUUCCAUUCUCUGUACUCUGAAGAAAUACCAAGCAUUUUUUCCAAAUUCUGACUAACCUGUGUGUUUUCCUUUCUGGGCCUGGAGAAAGAAGGUGGAGAGACAGAGGAUUCCUGCAGGGCAGUAACUCCGCUCCACGCCUAGAAUCAGGUUCUCAGGUGCAUCGAACACUAGGACAGAGAUUCCAGGACCGCAGGGAGGGACGGCAAAGGGGGUAAAGAAGCAACAUGUUCAAGGGACAAAGCAAGUCGCCUACCAAGUCACCUACCAAGUCACCCACCAAGUCACCGAGCAAGUCGCCUACAAAGUAUAGCAAGGCGACUGCUAAUGAACUGGCUUUGUUGAUCUCUCGCAUGCAGAAAAAUGCAGACCAAGUGGAAAGAAAUAUCUUGGAGACUCACCAGAAACUGAAGCAGGACGCCAGCAAUUACACCGUGAAGAAGUCAUUCGAACAUCAGCAAGAAAAUGCAAAGAACCUAAAGGACUCUGAGCUUCUGCUUAAAGAUCUUUUCCUAGAUGUCGACAAAGCAAAAAGAUAUGGACAUCCGCAAGCUGAGGAGAUAGACAAGGAUAUCCACCAACUCCAUGAGCGACUUACAGCAGAGUGUACAGAAUACAGAGAGGUGUACGAGAAAUAUAAUAUCAUACCUGUCGAGCCAAAAGUCAAUUGGCCACAGAUCCUAGAUAACAAAAAGAGAGCAAUAGAUAAUGCUCCCUAUGGACCCAGCCUGGCAGAUGUGGAACGUCAAAUUGCAGAACAGAACAUUCUCCAGAGAGAGAUUGAUGAAUAUGGGACAGAAAUCCGCAACCUCCCUCAGGACCAGGCAGCUGUUAAAACCCAGUAUCGCAGCUUGCAGGAAGAUUCAGCAUGGCGGGGCAGGCACCUGGGCAGCCUGUACAACCACUUGCAUGGAUGCACAAAGGAGCUGCUCUACCUGAGUGAUGAACAGAACAAGAUUAUUAAACAGGACUGGAGCGACCAAAUCAAUGACCUACCUGCAACCCGCAGGCAAUAUGAGCGUUUUAAAGGCGAGGAUUUGCUACCCCAGGAGGAGACGGUGAACAGCCUGCUGGAUGAUGGAGAUAGAAUGAUAGAGCUCAAACACCCCGCUGCCAGCUGCAUCCAGGCCCACGAUGAAGCACUGAAAGGAGAGUGGCAGAACUUUUUAAACUUGUGUAUCUGUCAGGAGAACCAUCUAAAGAAUGCAGAAGACUACAAGAAGUUUCAUGAUGAUGCAGAUUCUGUGGCUGAAAACCUGAACACAGUCAAGAGAAACCUAGACACCAAAUACUCCCAACCCAACACCCAAGUGCCAGGGGCCAUAUCGGAUCUACUUUUGCAGCUGGAGAAGGAGGAUAAGCAGCUGGCCCAAGCUGAGAAGACCCUGUCGGAACUCAAUCAAAGAGCCCCAGAAAUUGUUCCCAUUAAACAGAGACGAAUGAGACCACAGCAGCCGCUUAAGCUGGAUACUAUUUGCGAUUGGGAUUCAGGAGAUGUCCAGCUAAACAAAGGGGAGUCAUAUGCACUAAAAGAUAAUAGCAAAAAAGAGAACUGGGUAGUGCAUGCUUCUGAUGGAGAAGGAACCAAGGAUGCGCCAGCUGCCUGUUUCGUCAUCCCUGCCCCAGACCCAGAGUCUAUUGAAAGGAUAAGGAGGUUGGAGGCUGAAGUAAAUGAUGUGAAAAAGAAAAAGGCAGCAGUACAAAAUGCUCUAAAAUCGAGCAGCCGAGAGCCUCAAAAGCCCACUCAGCUAGCUCCAGUAGGCGGUGCCCCUGUCCCACCAAUUCGUACAUCAAGUGUCCCCAGUGAAGACCCUCAGGGAACACAGAUUCUUAACAAGUUAAACAGAAUCUAUGGAGACUUACAAGACACUGAACAGGAGGUUCUGACAAGGCUGCGCACCCCUGUGAACCGAGCAGCACCGAGCCAGGAUAUAACUGGGAGGCUGAAGGAACAGGAGGGAACUGCCCGACGCCUCCAAACCAUCGCAUCAGAGACAGAUUCUGCAAAAAGAGAAUGUGAAAAUUACCUGGCAAAGAAACCAUCAGGACCAACAGCUACUCAACUCCCUACGACAUUGUCCAACGUGAACAACAAAUACAAUGACGUCAAGGCCCUGUCAUCACUCUAUGGAGAAGAAGCUAAAGCAUCACUGAAUUUAGAAAAUCAGAUUAACAAGACUGACGAUAUGAUCAAAGUUUUUGAGAAUUUCUUGGUACAGGAUGGAGUUGUUCCUAAUACAUCUAAUGGUAUCCAGGAACAUGGAAGUCAGAUCCAGAAAAUGAAGAGAGACCUUGUGGACAAACAGGAUAACCUUCUGAAACUAAAUCGGAGCUUGAAGGACACUGAAUUGGCAUGCAAUUCCCUUCAGAGCAACACUCAAGAGCACAGUCCUGAUUUACCACGUCAGCGCAUCCAGGUCCAAAGACUUAAUGAUAGAUACCAUGCUGUCGCUGACCAGCUAGACCAAAGAGAGAAGAUUCUCAGAGACGCCAACUUGCCCUACCAGCAGUUUAAAUCCUCCAGUGAGGGCCUGGAUUCCUGGCUGACAAGUCUCCCACAUAAUCAGAUCGCACCAUCAGAUUCUCCUAGUCAGAUCAACUACAAGCUCCAAAGCCAGAAGAGGCUUGUGGAGGAGAUCCAAAGGAAAGAGCCAGAAAAGAACAACAUCGUGAAACUUUCCAAAGACUUGGCAAAUACUCUCAACGACUAUGAGGUUCUGGCUGAUCGAUAUAGUUCGGCCCUGGAUACCUCCAUUGCCUCAUCUCCUCGUAGAACACAGAGGGAUAACGGCCUUCAGGAAGGCAUUGCAAACAAGGAAAAAGAUUUGGUAAAACGUUAUACAGGGGCAGCAGUAGAGAGCAAGCAGCAACUGAAUCAAAUGGAAUUCGCAAGGAGGGUCCUAGAAAAGUCUGAUACACAAGAUGGAGUCCAGUUGUCAACGCAGCACAACCUACGCUCAGAGAACACACUGCGAACAGCUAAGGAAUCAGAAACCUUGUCAAAGGAACUGGAAGAAGAGAAAAAAAAGGUAGCUCAGGUACAGCAGACACUGGAGGAAAACAGAAAGAGGAUACUUCUGCUAAAGACGCAGAGACCUGUGGAGAGACUGGAAGAGAAGGAAAUGGUGCAAUACUACAGAGAACCCAGGCUAGAAAGUGAACUGGCAACUUUAAAGAGCCAAGCAGACAGUACCUAUAAGGGAAGGGAAAAUAUACAGGCUGAUAUACAGGUGGCUACCAAGAAGCUGGUUACUCUAGAAAACCAGAGAAAAAGCAUCAAACCCCAACUGUUGACCAAAGAAGUAACAGAGAUAGAGAGAGAUCCUAAUCUGGAGGCUCAGGCCCAAACAAUCAGAAAAGAGAUAAAACAACUAAAGGAAGAAAAUAAUUCAAUCACAUUAGAGUUAGAGCGCCUGAAAAUGGAAGUAAUGGUACUAGAGCAGAAACAACCUAAUGUGAAAGAAAAAGUGGUACUGAAGGAGGUAGUAAAAGUCGAGAGGGAUCCUGAGAUGUUAAAGGCUACGCGAGCAUUACAAUUGCAGAUCGACGAUGAGACCUUCCGCAGAAAGUCUCUGCAAGAAAACAUUGUGAAGCUUAGAAAAAAGACAGAAGAGCUGGAGAGACUGAUUGAGUCUGUAGAACCUAAGAUCAUAGUUAAGGAGGUAAAGCAAGUAGAGCAAGACCCAGAAAUCCUGAGGGAAGCAGCUAGAUUGAAAACAUUAAUAGAAGAAGAACGUAACAAUAGUGUGACUCUCACCAAGGAAUUAACAGAACUGCAAUCCAAAUAUAUGGUAGUGGAGAAGCAAAAACCAAGGGUAGAGAUAAAGGAAAGGGUCAAUGAAGUGUUUGUGGUACAGCCAGACACAGAAAAAGAGAUUGCUAGGCUAAAAAUGGCCUUACAAGAUGUCAACUCCAAAAGAUCUUCCUAUGAAACAGAACUUGACACAUCUCAAAAGGAAAUGUUUGUGCUAAGGUCACAGAAGCCUGUAGUGGAGUAUAAAGAAAUUGUCCAAGAAAUAGUUAAGUUAGAGAAGAGCCCAGAAGUGCUAAAAGAAAUUGAAAGGGUGAAAUCGCAAAUAAAAGACCUGGAGGUAACAAACAACAGGUAUCAAGAACAAAAAUCCAAGCUGAGCAAGGAAAGAGACGACUGGAAACAAGAAAGGUCAAAGGUAGAAACAAAAAUUGUAAACAGAGAGUUUGUAAAGUAUGAAAAUGACCCUGUACUGAUGAGAGAAGCUGAGCAACUGCGCCAAGAAGUGCGCAAUGAAUCCCAGAGAAGAAGGGAAGUGGAAGACUUAGUAUAUGACUUGCAAAGCAAGUAUAUGUUGUUAGAAAGACGGAAACCAGAAGAGAGGGUAGUGGUUCAAGAGGUAGUACAUGUACAGAAAGAUCCCAAGGUAGCAGAAGACCACCACAGGUUGGGUAGGACACUUGAUGAAGAGGUUAGCAACAGACGCCGCUUGGAACGUGAGGUACAACAAUUACGUAAUCAAGUUCAAGAGAAAGAGCGUAUGCUGAAUUUUCAGGAAGAAAGAGAUAAGAAAUUGGCUGCAGAAAAGGAGUUGCGACAGAUCACUCUCAGAAUUAAGGAGAUUGAAGAAAGUCCUCCACCAGUGCAGGAGAAGAUUGUUAUGGAAGAAGUAGUUAAGGUGGAAAGAGACCCUGUAUUAGAACAGUCAGCUAAUGCCUUUCGUAGUGAACUGGAUAAAGAGAGAACACAGAUACUCAACAUUGAAAGGGAAUGCAAAAAUCUGCAGGUAAAGGUUGACAUCUUACAGAGGGAGAAGUCUUUGGAAAAAACUAUUUACAAAGAAGUGAUUAGAGUGGAGAAGGAUAAGGUGAUGGAGAAUGAGAAAGCCAGACUACGAGAGUUAUUCAAUAAAGAACGUAAUGCAAGGCAAGACUUGGAAGAUGAGAGUAGACGACUGAAAGAAAAGAUCGAAAGGGUAGAUGCAAUGAAAAGGACAUGGUCAAAGGAAGAAUCUGAUCUUCAAAGGGCCAGAGCACAAGCCCAACAAGAAAAGUCAUCUAUAGAAAAGGAAUUGUUAGAACUGAGGAGGCAACAGCAGCAAAAAAGUGUGUUCUUGAGCAAAGAAUCAGAGCUGUUGACGCAAAAGGCUGAGAAUGAGCGCCAAAAGAAGAUGCAGCUUGGACAAGAGCUCUCUCUUUUAGAAUCCAAAAUUCUAAAAGAAAAAGAUUGCAUAUAUGAAAAGGAAAGAAAUAUUAGAGAGCUCCAGUCCCGUGUAAACCGUGAAGAGCGUAACCAAGAGACUCAAAUGAGGGAGACCAAUGUCUCCACAAAAAUAUCCAUCUUAGAUCCUGACACUGGUAAGGAGAUGUCACCCUAUGAGGCAUACAAGAGAGGAAUAAUAGACCGCCAUCAGUAUAUCCAGUUGCAAGAGUUAGAGUGUGACUGGGAAGAGAUUUCCACAAUGGGUUCUAGUGGUGAAAUAUCUGUUCUACUAGAUAAAAAGAGUGGUAAACAAUAUUCAAUUGAAGAUGCUCUAAGAUCCAGAAAAAUCACCAAAGAGGAGCUUGAUAUGUACCGGGAUGGCAGAAUUCCAAUUUCAGAAUUUGCCUUACUUGUGGCUGGAGAGAACAAGCCCCAGUCAAUGUCCAUUGGAUCUAUAAUUGGAUCCAGAUCCCCAAUCACCUCCCCCUCAAGCCAAACCAGUACUCGUAGCUUUUUCACACAAAGUGCACCAAAAGUUUUCCAUGAUGAUACCUUUCCCAUUGCUGGUGUCUAUGACACCAACACCGAGAGCAAAUGCACAAUCAGGAGUGCAUUGGUAAAAAAGUUAUUAGAUCCCCCAACCAGUCAGAAGCUUCUGGAAGCACAGGCAGCUACAGGUGGUAUAAUUGACAUUAUUAGCAAAGACAGGUAUUCUGUUAAUAAAGCAAUAGACAGAGGGUUGAUAGAUGGCAGCAACACACAGAGCUUACUUAGUGCCCAGAAAGCUUUUACAGGUGUUGAGGAUCCAGUCAGCAAAAAGCGCCUCUCAGUAGGAGAGGCAGUGCAGAAGGGUCUAAUGUCCAAGGAGACAGCCAUGCCAUAUCUAGUAGUUCAGCAUCUUACAGGGGGCUUAAUAGAUCCCAGAAAGACAGGCAGAAUUCCACUGUCAGAGGCAACAGAGCAGGGUUUGGUAACCAAAGAACUGGCUGCACAGAUUCAAGAUGAGUCAACAUAUGAAAAGAACCUCAUAGAUCCCGCUACUAAGGAGAAAGUGAACUACAAGGAGGCCAUAGCACGAUGCCGGAAAGACCCAGUAAGCGGCCUGCUUUUACUCCAUGGAGCUUCAGAAGGCCUUCAACAUGCUGUAUACCGCCAACAUGUAUCCCCCUCCAUGACAUCCUACAAAUACUAGUGGUGAUGGUUGUCUGUCAUAUCUUUGUUUUUUUCCUGCUAUCUAAGUGUAUCCUGUUUAAUAAUAUGAUAUUAUUCCCCUGGGGGAAAAUUAUACCUGUGGUGUAUAAUGCAUGUCCUAUGCUGCUCAAUAAACUGGAACUUAUCUUUAUU